AUGGAUGUUACGGUGCCUUCAACUCGGCGGUCGCGCAAAUCCACUGGCCAGUCGCCAGUUCGCAAGAAGAUGGAUAAGGAGAAUAUCACUGUGGACGUGGCUAGCUCUUUGGCCGGUAAUGGAGGCCGAAAGAAGUCGCGAAGCAAGAGUAUGGGACCAGGUGGACUUGACGCUCUUAAACCAAGCACCGGUAAUAGGCGUGUGUCGCUAGCCGCACCAGUCAGACCGCCACCCAGGUCGAUCUUGAAGCCAACGAUUCCUAUAUUGCCAGAAAUACCACCCCAUAAGCCUAAGUCGCGAUUUGGUUCGAGUAUUCAGAGUGGCAACGGAUCCUUUUCCCCCUUUGGAAAGGAUGAUUCCAGCUCGUCUGGAACCAAGAUUGCAUUGCGCACAGAGGAGGAGCAACAAGCUGCUGCACGAAAACGCGAAGAGGAAGAGAGGAAGGCUCUGGAAAAGGAAAUCAACGAUCGGAGAGAGGCACGACGGAAGUCCCUAGCCAACCGCAGAGUUUCAUUUGCCGCAGAAGCUACGCUACACACCUUUCACGAAGUUGAAUACAUGCAAGACUCGACAACAUCGUCUGAAGCUGCUCGACGGGCCUCAGAACUCGCUGCACAGUCAGAAUCACAAGCACCUGACAGUCCAGAUGGAUCAGAUCCACCGUCAACGCCACCGGAUCAAGAAGACCUUGUGCCGGAUACGCCUGAAGAUCAGAGAGACUUGCAUCAGAAGAAGCGCAGAAGAAGCUCAGCUGCGUCUACUCUGAACUAUCACGACGGUGAUGAUGACACGUUGGCUUCAACUAUUUACAGCUCAGAUUCUGAUGCCACGGACGGGGUGAUUGAGACACACGAAGAGAUUGAUUCCGACUCUGGUAGUGACUCUGACAACGAUGGCACCACCAUGGAUGUGGACAUUGAUGAGAUGACGGGUACCUCAAUCGCAUCUGGACAAUCAAUUUGGACGGAACAUUCCAUGGAUUCCGAGAACGAUACUUUGAACGACGCUCUACGACUGGCGCAGAGACAAGCACACACUCAAAGUAUUGACGAGGAAGAAGAAAUCAUACCCUCUUUUGGCUGGGCCAAGAAACCUGUCCUGGCGCAACGCGAUCCACAUCAACAGGCGACGCCCGAGGUAUCGCAUGCUGAGACAUCUAGUGGCCAGGACGACGAUAACGGCGAAACGGACAUGGAUAUGGACAUGGACAUGGAGAUGACCCACGCAAUUGGCGGUAUUAUCAAGUCAAAUGCCCCAGAAGAUGACGCUGCAGACGAGGAAAUGUCAAUGGACGUCACCAAGGUUCUAGGAGGUAUUCUCGCUCGACAAAGUGCCACCAGUCCUGAAAAGGCCAACGAAGAGUCCUACAUGGAUGACGCCACCAUGGACAUGACGACGGCGAUUGGCGGUAUUCGAAAGACACAAGCCCCGGAAGACGAUGCAACCGAAUUGCAGAGCGAUGCAGGCUAUGAGGACAUGUCGAUGGAGCUCACAAAUGUGAUAGGGGGUGUUUUGGCCUCAACUCAGACUGCAGCCAAGGGUAGGAAAUCUUUGCCUAGCAGACGGCGAACCACGAACGCCGGUGAUGAGGCCACCAUGGACAUGACAGUUGGCUUAGGUCGUAUCAUUCCCAAUCAGCAGCGUAUUGAAGUGGAGGACGACGAAGAUGACGCAACUAUGGGCAUGGAGAUGACACAGGCCAUUGGUGGCAUAAUCACACAACCAUCCCCAAAGGAGGCUCGUACAGUGGCGAAGCAACUGAUGGAAGAAGAGGUCGAUCGAACUGACAGUACUCCGGUUACAGCCGAUUCUCCUUCCAAGAGACGCAUGUCAGCUUUAACUGAGAACAAAGCGCCUUCGCCAGUAGUUGAAAGUCCUGGUCUGUCAGCAUUCCGUGGAAAAGGACUUCGACACAGUACGAUUCAAAUACAGAACUCCUCUUCUCCUAUGCGAGACUCAUCCCCAAUGCGAAACUCGUCUCCUGCCAGAAAUCCCUCACCUCUCAGGAACUCUUCUCUAAGAAGUUCGCUGCGCAUCCGCAACACUUCGCCAGCAAAGUCUUCAAGCCCUUUCAAGGAGCUCACACCGAAGUCAAAGGUAGCUUCGUCUCCACCCAAGAGGACACCAUCUGCCAAGUCACCAAGCAGAUCACCGGCAAGGACUGCUUCGCCCCAGAGACCUACGAUUCAGAUUUCAGAAACGCCUCGAUCAGUCCAAAAGAGCCCACAAAGAACUAGUAUCUUUCAGCAAGAUUUAUCGACUGGCAUUUCCACACCACGACACAUUCUCACGCCUCAGAGGCGCAGGCUGUCUGGGUUGGGAGCUGAUCGUCCAGGACUAGGAUCCCCCAAGGUUACUCAGAUUCUGGACCGCCGCGGGUCGAUCGGCGAAGCGGCGGACAAUUUCAUUCCUGGAAAACCUGGGCGAGGAGUUUCAUUUGCGGACCCACGACCUAUCGAGGAAGAACUAGACCGAGAUCGCCGGGUUGAUGAAGACCGAGAAAAUGGCCGAAAAAUUCUGGAAAGAGAGGCAGACGGCGAUGAUGAGAACUCGACAUCUACCCUGAAGGACAUGAUCUCCAGCAUGACCCCCAAGAAAAAGAGUGUCCCUCUCCGCGGCCGAAAAAGUCUGCACGUGGGCAGUGCCAUGGGCCUUCUUGGCAAGCGGCCCUCUGAACUGGACGAAGAUGAUGAAGAUGACCAAAGAGAUGGUGUCAAGAGACUCAAGGGUCACCAAGGAUCGCCUGUCAAGAAUGUGCGGCUUAAUGCACCUCCUUCCAAGGCUGAGACAACUGGUCGUCGCACCAGAUCAUCAGGACGUGUCCCUGAAGAGACAGAGGAGAGCGCAAGCACGCCAACGUCUCUCUCACCAACAAAAAUUUCUUCCGUGCAGUCACCACAAGCCAAAAACAAGUUCAAAGUCGUUGAAGAUCAGCCUACAAAUACCUUUAGCUUCGAGGACCCAACCCGAUUGGACGAUCUCGAAAUCCCCGAUGACGGUCUGGAGCGCAUUCACCUCCAGGACUUCCUCAAUAUGACAAGCAUUCGAUUCAUGGAACUCACUACCACCAAACGACGACACACUCAAGCCCCGGAUUCUUUCCGAGACAGCAUAUUGCAGAGAGAAGAUGACAUGUCGUUCGAGCGUUGUGUUGUUGCUGGGGCUUGCACAGUCCCCAUGCUGGAGCUUUAUCAACAUUCAUGCCGCGAGCUGAAAAAGUACAUUUCAGAGGGACGUCGCAUCGUGCGCGAAAUCGAGACUGAGACCUUUGAAGAAAACCCACCACUGUUCAAGGAAUACAUUUCUGCAUCACCGGACUUCAAGCUACUGAUGGACAAUCAAUUCAAGAAUGUCAAAACACACGCACGGCUACUCAGCAAAGCCAUGUGGUACGAAUGGCGCAUGAAGCUUCAAGAUGGCCUCAAGGAAGGUCUGUUGAAGAUAGCCGAGGAGAUGGAUGAGGACGAGCGAGUCUUGCAAAAGGAGGAACAGCUGCUGCAGUCAAUAUUGCCAGAACUUACGGCGCAGUCAGAAGCACUCGAGACUGAGCACGAGAACUUGCAAGCUAUCGCCCAAGAGAUUGCAGAUUGUGACCCCGAAGACUUGCUGGCUGCCCGGGCUGAGCUGACAGCAGUCGACGCCGACAUUGAGGCCAUGGCUCGACAGAUUGAGGAGUUGCAGCAUACACUUCAAGAGACCGAGGCAACAGUGGUAGGCUUGUCACGGAGGAAAGAGGAUUGCGUGGCAGAAAUUGCAGAAGCCGAGCAAAUCCGUGAAGAGUGUAGAGGUUGGACCUCUCACGAGAUCAGCUCUCUUAAAGAAAAAGUCGAUGCCAUUGAACAGGAGCACGGCUGGAACAUUACCGGCAUAUCUGGAAGCAGGAUCUCCAUGACGUACCGUCGGGACAUUGAGCUGGUAUUUGACAUUGCCUCCUUCCAGGGCAGCGCGCACCAGCCCGGCAGCUCGUCUAGUGGCUCGCGCAUUGACCUGUGGUAUGUUGCAGCCAAUCGGGAGCGCGAUCCACAGCCGCCCACUCCCGAAAAGGAAUUUUUUGUACAGAGCAUCCGUGAUUACGUAAGGAGACUGGACCAAGCUAGCACAAAGAUCUCCACUCUUCUCCGGGCUGUCGGCGCAGCGUGGGACAAGGCCGGCGCCGUGGCCAACGACAUCCGUAUAUUGAAUUGCACCUUUCCUACCGAGGUCUCCCGGACCGAUGACUCCACCCUGACGGUCAAGAUUGUCUUGCUUCUUGCAGCUUUGGAGACCAAGGUAGACAUUGUGUUGGGAAUGCAUGCUCAAGACACACCCCAAGGACUGGAGGUUACCAUCUCGCCACAAGCAAAGGUGGUCUACGGCGAGCACUUUAAGAUUGACAAUGUAUGCGAUUAUUUGGUCACACGUCUAGGAGAAUUAGUUAGAACAGGAGACGAGGCUGCGGAUAAGAACUCGUGGAGCGAUGUCAUCGUCGAGUUGCAUGAAAGGCUUUUGGCUAGGGGAAGGAAAUAA